AUGUAUGCAAAAAAUCGACGAAAAAAUCAUACAGAAAAUAUGGAAAUUUCUACAGCAGAAAGAGAUACUGGUGAAGAAGAAGAUGAAGCAAAUAAAACACAUUAUGAAAAACAACAAGUUAAAGCAUCAAAAGGUAAACAACAUAAACAAUCACGAGAUGUAUUAACAACAACGAAUGGUGCUUCUUCAGUGUCCAAUCUUUCAUUACCUAUAAAUAAUGAUAAAUCUGCUGGUUAUGUAGCCCAUUUACUUCAUGAAGCUGAUCUAACUAGUCUUGUUCAAUUGGAUACAAUUAAUCAAAUAAAAUAUUUUCUUGAUGAACGUGCUAAUCUUAUUAGUCAAAUGGAGUUUAUUCGUGCACAAUUUGAAAAACAAUAUGCAACAUUAAAACGUCGUCUUGAUGAAACAGAAGGUGAAAACGAACGUCUUAAAGCACAAUAUCGUUCAUCAUCAAAAGAACUUGCUUUAUAUAAAAAUCUUGUUGAAGCACCUGAUAACCCUGGAUCACCAAAUAAAUCUAAAGAUUAUCAACAAUUAAAAUUAACUAUUGAUAAAGUUUUACAUGAAAAUGAGCGUUUACAUUCUGAAUUAAAUACUUUUAAAACAAGUGAUCCUGUUUAUGAACAAGUACAAUUAUUAGAAACUACGAAUAAAAAAUUAAAAGAAGAAUUAAUUAAAUUAACAAAUGAAAAUAAUCGUUUAAAAAAAAUGAUUAAUUUUGAUGAAAUUAAACACUUAAAAUCAAAUUUAACAAAAGCAAUUGAAGAAUGUGAACAAUUAAGAUUAAUUAAUAAAAAACUUACACAACAAUGCCAACAACCAACAUCAUCACCAAAACAGGCACAUUUUUAUCCUCUUCCUUCAUCUCCAAUAUCUAAUCAACAACAAUUAUCACCGAUUUCACAUCGUUCUUCAAGAACAAUUGAUGAAAAUCUUCUAAAACAAUAUCCAUCAAACGAAGUUAUUGAAUUACGUGAACAUGUUCAUCGUUUAGAACAAACAUUACAUAAACGUGAUUAUGAAUUACAAAAAUUACAAAAUGAAAUCGACAAAGGCACAAGUUCAAUAAUGAGUUCAAUAGAAGAUCUUUAUACGGCUUCAUCAAAUGUUUCAUCGCCAAAAAGUAUUCUUAAGCAUCAACCAUCUGUUGUUCAAUUACAAAAUGAAAUAGAUCAAUUACAUGAUAAAUUAGAUGAAUUAACACGUGAAAAUCAAAUAUUAAAAAAUCGUACACAAGAAUUCGAUACAAUUUAUGAAGAAAAUGAAUAUCUUUAUGCUGAAAAAAGUCAAUGGAAUGAAGAGAUGGAACGUUCUAGAAUACGACAAUUAGUACUUGAACAAGAAAUUCAUUCAUUUAAAGAACGUGAAAAAGAAUUCAUUGUAACAAAUGACCCAUCAAUAACAACACAUAAUUCUAAUGUGUCACAAUUAAAAUUAAAAACUGAUUGGUUAAAUCAAGCAAAUAAUCAAUUAGAACUUGAAGUUGUUCGCUUACGUGAACAAAUAGAUUCUAUAACAAAAAAAUUUCAACAAGCUAAACUAGAUUUAAUCAAUAAAACACAACAUUAUAAACAAAUUUUAAAAGCAGCUCAAGAUACACAAAAACUUCCUGAGGAAUUGGCUCGUAUUGAAAAACUUUAUACUGAUAUUGAAACUAAAUUUGAACAUGAACGGCAAGAAUAUGAAAAGACAAUUGCAGCUUUAGAAGAACAAAGUGAAAAAAGAGAACAAAAAUAUAGUUCUCUUUAUGAUACAAUUCUUAAACUUCAAAAUGAUUAUCGUCAAAAAGAACUUGAUUUUGUUCAACAAAUGGAUGAUGUUAUUAAUCAACGAGACACUCUUCAUGCGCAAUUAACUUCUUUUCAAAGUGUCUAUACACAGCUGCAAAAAGAAAAUAGAGCUCUAGAAGAAGAAAUGAAUUCAAAAAAUGAAACAAAUCGAGAUCUUAAAUUUGCUUUAACAUCAUCAAAUAAUGAUACUCAAGCAAUCUAUAAUCAAUUACAUCAAUUUAAUACAAAUUUAAGUGAUUUACAAAAAAAAUAUGAUCAUGAUAUAGCUGAACGUAAUUCUCAAAUAGAAAUGUUACGUACUGAACAAAAACAAAUGAUUUCACAUUAUGAUGGUGAAUUAUUAAAAACUCAUCAAACAAUAAUUCAAUUGCAACAUGAUAAUAAUCAAUAUGCUAGUCAAUUAGAACGAUAUCGAUCGAAUAUUGAUAAACUUAAAUCUGAAAUUAAUGAAAAACACAAUUUUAUUGAACAAGUGCAAAAUGAUUUAAGUGAACGAUCAGCAUUACAUCUUAGUAUUAAUAAUCAAUUAACACAAGAAAAUAAAGUAAAAGCAGCGAAAAUAGCUGAACUUGAACAAGCUUUGUAUCAAGAGCAGCAAUACAAAACAGAAUUACAACGAAAUAUUCAAGAAUUACAAACAGAACUGCUUAAAUCCCGUAUGAUAGCUAAAGAAUCAGUAGAAAAAAGUGAAGAAUUCGAACGACGUUUUCAUGAAACUGAUAAACAUUUUAUUCAUUUAAAUGAAACAACUGAACCAACAAAACGUGAAAUAAAUACUUUACGAUUUGAAUUAUUAACAAAAUCUGAUCAAAAUACAAUGUUACAAAAUACUAUUGAAGAUGAAAAACUUAAACGCCAAACUAAUCCAUAUGAUACAAUAUGUAAUUAUACUUCACAAUCAUUGAAUGGUCAUGUUUGUCUACAAUAUAGUUAUGCGACACAACAACGUCAACGACUAUGUUUUCCUCGUCGAAGCAUUGUUAUAACUGAAAAUGGUUUAAUGAAAUCUUUAUCAAAUAUAAAAAAUGAUGAACCAAAUGACACAGAAUUAAAAUCUACUAUAUUUACUGGUCAAUUUCAUAUUCGUGAUCGUAUAAAAUAUUUUUAUAAAAACGACAUUAGAGCAGCUAAAAUUCAAAAUAUUUAUUUGACAACAGAAGAAUGUUAUUAUGCACCAUUAACACCAUCAGGUACAAUUAUAAUUGAUAAUGUUUUAGUUUCAAAUUAUGCAAAAGUUCAUAAUCAUCAUUUAGCACAUUAUGUUAUGCAAAUAUAUAGAUGGUGGAUUUAUCUAUUUGAAUCAAAUGAAAAUAAUAAUAAUAUUCAUUGGAUAUUAAGAUUAAUUGAAAGAAUAGUUCAAUGGUAUGGAAUUGAAAAAUUUGGUCAAACUUCAAUGUUUAAUGGUAUAUUUGAGGUGUCUGAUUUUAUUUGA